UAGGCUUAAGCCGAUUGUCAGUGACGGGUGUGUUUCAAGCUAGGUCGUUAGAGGACAGGAGAGGACAAACUGACAAUCACUAAAAUUGUUUGCUUCAUCGACCAUGAUGAUGAGGAGUAAACCUGAUGAAGAUGAUUACUGGAAUAGUUCGAAGUUCAGGGCCUUCACCUUUGAUGAUGACGAUGAUGAGUUUUCCACUUUGAAAGAGUCUAAACGAGCAGUGAACAGCAUCGUGGUCGACGACGAUGACGACGACGAUGAAGAUGAUGUGGAGAAAGUCAGUUGGAGCGGCGAGCCUGUUGGAAGUGGUCUGGCUGUAGGUAUCUCCUGGUCUAUCAAGGAAACCGCGUCCAGUGUCCACGUGGGUGGGCAGGACCAUGGAUUUCCCAAGAUUGACAGCACACCCUCUUUACCUAGGCAGGGCUCUGGUUACUCGCUCAGCUCUCUCUUCAAAGGAAGACCCAAAAGUGGUAGCAUCCAGGCUAUUUCUGAAUCGUUCCCUGACGUUCCCUCGCGAAGUUUUGCACCAGAGCUGCGGAAGCCGAAGGCAGAGUACAAGGACUACAGUGACUGGAGUCCAGAGGAGACUGUCCGGAGGAUGCAGCGAGGAAAGGCCUACUCCUUCGAGACGUUCCGCUCCCUGAAGGACAAGAUGCUGCUUUUGGACGAGGCCGUUCAUGCGAACGACGGAAAUGUCAUCACCGCGGUCCUCAUAUUUUUAAAGAAGUCCUUAAGUAAAGAAAUUCUCUCAAGGGAGCUGACAUCAAGGGAAAUAGCCCUCCGGCACUAUAUUCACUACCUGAAGGAGAUGGGAGAGCAGAAGUCACUCGUGGAGCUUCUCAAGUCAUUGGGCCGGACAGAGGACAUGGCGCUUCUCCAGUACAAAGAGCACCUCAACAUCAAAGAUGAAGUGCGGAAAAAAGAGUACCUGAAGGCCUGCAUUGGUCUCCCCUUUUCACCAGAAGAUGCCAGCCAUGUCCAAGAUCACUACACGCUACUUGAGCGUCAAAUUAUCAUAGAGGCUAACGAUAAGCAGGCGGAGAACAAGGUGGAGGUGUUCAAGAAGCACCCCCGGAAAGCUUCCAUCCUGAACAUGCCCAUCAUCACCACGCUCUACUACUCUUGCUUUUACCACUAUGGGGAGCCAGAGGGCACGUUCAGCAGCCCCGCAAACAUCAGGUCAACUUUUAAGAUUUCAGAAAAGCAAUACUUCCUCACAGUUCUGGGCGCACGUGCAAAACUGAAGGAGUGGUUUGAUGUAGACAGGCUUUUCACUGCCAAGAAUUGGUUUGGCUACACUAAGAAGAAGUCCCCCAUUGGGUUCCACAGAGUAGUGGACAUUCUGCAGAAGAACAAUGCACCAGUCCAGGUCCUGCAGGAGUAUGUGUCCUUGGUGGAGGAUACAGAGCAGAAGAUCAGCCUGGCUCAGAAAUACAAAUGUCAUGACAUUGUCAUUGAUACUUACAAAGACCUGAAGGACCGUCAGCAGCUGAUCAUAUACCAGGGAAAGGUGGAGAGGAACUCGCCUGAGGAUAGGAAGAUUCAGGAUCUCCUUAACAACACGCAAAUUCGGUGGAAGAACUGAUCAGCUGAGUCAAGGUGCCCCUCAGGACAGCGCCAGUAACUCUGCCCUAAUGCGUCCCCGAGGGCAGCUUGCUGCUCAGCCCACCUGAAGCUUCCUUCUGAAGCUUUCUUUUGAGCAACUUCUUUUUUGUUUAUUUUGGAGACGGACCUACUGCGUGAAUAAGACUGAAAGAGUGUCACUCGGACUGAACGACCCUGAACAUUCAGGUGAUUUUUCUGUACAUUGAAUCUCCACAGAGGACCUGUUUUUUUUUUUUUUAACGGAGUGGCACCUUGCAGAAAACGACAGAAAAAUGUGUAUUGGAAUGAGAAAAUGAAUAUACCGGUGCUAAAGUGUUAUGAGUAUUUUCUGUGACAUUUUAUUUCUGUGAACAUUCCACUACAAACCAAUGCUUAUUCUUUUGAUUGAACAAGAAUCCAAACACAGGUUAUUUAAAAAAUGGUUUGGUUCAGUCAGAUUAAAGUUUCCAUGAGAUGGGAUUUCC